CGUAAAGCUAAACGAAGUUAUACAUUUCGUUCACGACGCCCUUCCGAAUAGCUCUUAGUGGUUGACGGAAAGCCCGGGGCAGUUGAUUUUCGUUAUUGAGGAGCGAUCCACGAAUGAUUAUCUCUAUUACGAGCAAUGGCCUGACUCAAUAGAAGACCCUACCUACCAGCCACAAUUCCUAGCUGUUGCUACUGGUAGUGCGGGACAACGGCGAUUAUGACAACAAUACCAACGCUGCUGCGACCACUUCGCAGUAUCCUCGCAAUCCCAUCUACCAGUCAACGAUCACUUUUUGCCCCCACCAUUGCACCGCGGCUAUUCCUCUGCACGUCCGGACCCCUCCUCAAGUCUGUCAAUUUUCCACCACGCCCGAAGCCACCCCCAGAAGAGGAAAUCGAGGAGUCGUUCCUAAAGGGCAGCGGGCCAGGAGGGCAGAAGAUCAACAAAACCAAUUCCGCAGUCCAGCUCAAACACUUACCCAGCGGCAUCGUCGUCAAAUGCCAAGCCACGCGCUCGCGGAGCCAAAACCGAACCAUAGCGCGACGAUUACUAGCCGAAAAACUCGAUAACCUCACUCUCGGCGACCAGAGCCGCUCCUCCGUCGUCGGUCAAGUCAAGCGCAAGAAGAAGGCCAGCUCCGCUAAGAAAAGCCGGAGGAAGUACCGGAAGCUAGAAGAGGGUAAGGCCGGGGCUGCUGGAGAGGAGACAUUGGAGGAAGAGGAAGACGUAGACGAGGAAGAUGGUGAGUUCAAGGAGCCUGCACAAGAUGAAGGAAAACCAAAUAUCCAUAACCAAAACGAGUGAAUAUAUACCAUUUAUAUACUUGAAUACUCGGCACAACUAUCAAGCGUACCGAAAACAAAUCUUGGCAAUCGUAAAUUACAAUUAACUCUACACUAUUUGAACACGCAAUGACAAAUCUAGACCUCGGAAAACGAACAUUAC